GCCGCAAGUGUCCCCCCCACCAGAGGUCACUCCAGUCUCUUGUCCCACGACUCUGCUAUCAACCCGUUAAUCUACUCUCCCAGAAAUACACAAAUUCCCAAGCAUAAUGUCAAAAAUAAUCUCUCAAGAACCGCUCAUGAUCCGCGAUGCAAAGUGGGUCAGACUCGUCAAAACUACCUACCUCGACCCCAACGGUGUUGAGAGAACCUGGGAAUCCAGUGAGCGCUGUACUCGUCCGGCAGGCGUUGAAUUUGAUGGCGUGGGAAUAAUUGCAGUUCUGGAGAGGCCCGGAGCUCCCCCGGAAUUGCUAUUGCAGAAGCAGUACAGGCCUCCCAUCGGAAAGACUUGUGUUGAGAUUCCGGCUGGCUUGGUCGAUGCUGAGGAGUCACCUGAGGAAUGUGCUGUCCGCGAACUGUUUGAGGAGACAGGAUACCAUGGAGUUGUUGUGGCAGGUGAACACGCUGGAGAGAAGAGCUGUUUAAUGUUUAAUGACCCUGGAAUGUGCAAUACCAAUCUACAUUUCGUGCAUGUCAAGAUUGACCUCACUGAUCAACGCAACCAGAGUCCAAAACAGCAGUUAGAGGAGAACGAGUUCAUUGAGGUGUUUACAGUGCCUCUGAAGGAUCUCUAUAAGGAGUGUAGAAAGUUGGAGAAAGAAGGUUAUGGAAUUGAUGCUAGGGUUGGGUCUCUAGCUGAAGGAUUUGAGGUUGCAAGGAAGUGGAAGUUCCUAUAAGUUAAUACCGCCACUUACGGAGGGAUAGACAUCGAUAUCAACUUCUUACAUAAAAAUCCCCCAGUUUGUUGUUACGGAAGUACAAAGGCACCGGUGGACAAUUACUAGUAUGCUAAAGCUCAACAUCAA